AUGGAACAUUCUGAUAAUAUUAUUAAUGAAAUUGUCUCGUUGAAGAACAAAUUCAAUUCAGAUGAACAGACAGCAAUCCUCAAAGAAGUUGCUCAAAAUGUUCGUAAGUUUGAGGAAUUCACUAAUCAAAAAAGUGAAAAGCUUAGAAAUGAAUUAAGGACGUUGAAUAGAAAAUUAACGACCAUUCAAGCUAGUACAAAGAAAUCUAUUGAACAAAAUGAAACUGGCUUUAACGACCUUAUGGUCAAAUAUGAACGUGAAAAGUUUGAGUUGAAUGAAACACUCACUCAAUUAGACGCGGAAGAAAAAUAUCCUUUGGAACUAGAGGAAUUAGAAAGUAUAAAUAUCGAAGACGAGACAUUACCAAAAGAUGAUAAUACUUCGUAA